CGCGACCGCACAGAACCAACAUCCCAAAACCCUAAUCCUAAACCCUAACUUUGAGCUAUAAAACCCUCCCUUUCGCGUUUAUCAUUUCAUUACGCUCUGCACUAAACCCUCCAUCGCCGUUCACAUCAAUCUCUUCGCAGUCUCUCUAAAAAUGGCUCCUCCUCCUCGAGGUCGCGGUGGUUCUGGCGGUGGUUUCAGAGGUAGGGGCGGUGACAGAGGAGGUAGAAGUUUUGGUGGAGGAAGAGGAGGAGAUAGAGGUACACCUUUUAAGGCUCGAGGUGGUGGUGGUAGAGGUGGAGGCGGCAGAGGAGGUCGUGGAGGAGGCCGCGGUGGCGGGAGAGGCGGGAUGAAGGGAGGAAGCAAGGUUGUUGUUGAACCUCAUAGACACGACGGAAUUUUCAUUGCUAAGGGUAAAGAAGAUGCUCUUGUUACUAGAAAUCUUGUUCCCGGCGAAGCUGUUUACAAUGAGAAGAGGGUUUCCGUGCAGAGUGAGGAUGGUACCAAGGUUGAGUAUAGAAUUUGGAACCCUUUCCGAUCUAAGCUGGCAGCUGCAGUUCUUGGUGGAGUUGACCAUAUAUGGAUUAAACCUGGUGCUAAAGUACUUUACUUAGGAGCUGCAUCUGGAACAACAGUCUCUCAUGUGUCUGAUAUUGUUGGUCCAACUGGAGUUGUUUAUGCGGUGGAAUUCUCCCAUCGAAGUGGGCGUGACUUGGUCAAUAUGGCUAAGAAACGGACUAAUGUUAUCCCGAUUAUUGAGGAUGCUAGACAUCCAGCCAAGUACAGAAUGUUGGUUGGCAUGGUAGAUGUGAUAUUUUCUGAUGUUGCUCAGCCUGAUCAGGCAAGGAUUUUAGGGUUGAAUGCUUCGUACUACCUCAAAGCUGGAGGUCAUUUUGUUAUUUCUAUCAAGGCCAAUUGUAUCGAUUCCACAGUCCCUGCUGAGGCAGUGUUCACCAGUGAAGUGAACAAGUUGAAAGCAGAUCAAUUUAAACCAUUUGAGCAAGUGACUCUUGAACCAUUUGAGAGGGACCAUGCUUGUGUUGUUGGUGGCUACAGAAUGCCUAAGAAGAAGAAAGAUGCUGAGUAACCUUAUUUUGUUGUUUAAAAUGUACUAUUGUAUCACUUAAGCAACUUGGGAUGUCUUUGAUUACCUGGAUUAAUGUGUUGCUUCUGAACUAAAAAAGUAUGUGCCAUUACUCACAAGUAUUUCAAAUCGAUUUUAAUUUUUAUGUUGGUAAAA